ACGGCUGAAGAUGGCGGCUGUGAGAGCGCAGCUGGAAGGGCUCGGAUUAUUCUUUCAUAACAAUCACAGAUACGAGACGGUGCAGUGCAACAACACUAAGGAGGAGGCAAAGGCGAAGACAACAACGGCAGUCGAGUGGGUGGCAUUGUACGGGGAUGUGAUUGUGUGCUGAGUUGGGAGUCUGCUGCUGCCGACUAGGGGUACCGUCUCAAGAGGAGGAGGAGACGGCGCGGCGGCAGUGCUUAGUCGUGAGAAGCGUAUUUUUCUUUUUUACGAGGGACCGGAUUCCCGAAAGCAAAACUAAAUAUACACCAAUCGAAAGGGGACCCCAAGAGGUAGUGUGUCGCUAACGGGGAUCCCACUGGAGAUUAAGCCAUGUAUUUUCUGUCUGGCUGGCCCAGGAGGCUCCUGUGUCCUCUGAGAAGUCAAGAGAAGCCCUUUCACAUCCAGCCGGACUCGCAGAGACUUCUCUUCGCAGUUCUGUCGUGCUCCCAGAUCAGCAUCUGGCAUUGUCGGCCCAGUGUUCUCAUAGUAAGCUACAAAGAGUCUGCAAAAGCGAUUUCUCAGUUUGGGUUCUAUCAACAAGUGGAAUGGAAGCCAGACAGCCGGAGAAUAGCUGUGGCGACAGCAAAUGGUUAUGUUUUGCUCUUCAGUAUCUUGCCUGCUGGAGAAGACAAAUAUCUUUAUGAACCUCUGUAUCCCAAAGGCAGCUCUCGUGUGAAAUUGACACCAGGCUACAAAGAAGAACAAUGUGCUCCAAUGCUAAGUGUAGAAAUGAAGACAGUUAUUGAUUUACAAGCACCUAUCACAAGUUUGCAGUCAAUGCAUGAUGAUUUAAUGGUAGCCACUUCUGAUGGACUGCUUCAUCUCCUGCACUGGGAAGGCGUCACAAAUGGUAGAAAGGCCAUCAAUCUCUGUACCGUUCCUAUUUCUGCAGACUUGCAGUCAUCACGUGGUCCUUCACUAGACUUUGAGGGUGUGCAUGUUAGAGAGAUGGAAUACUGCAUAACCCUUGAUGGAUUCGCUGUUGUUUUUAAUGAUGGCCGUGUAGGGUUUAUAACACCAAUGUCAAGCAGAUUUACUGCAGAGCAACUCCAAGGUGUUUGGGCACAGGAUGUAACAGAUGGCACAUGUGUAGCCAUAAACAACAAGUACAGGUUGAUGGCUUUUGGAUGUGCAAGUGGAUCUGUUUUAGUGUAUUCAAUUGAUGCAACUACGGGAUCCAUGCAGUUGUCUCACAAACUGGAGUUAACUCCAAAACACUACCCUGACAUAUGGAAUAAAACUGGUGCUGUAAAGUUAAUUCGGUGGUCUCCAGACUGUAGUGUUGUUAUGGUUACCUGGGAAUUUGGUGGUCUUUCUUUGUGGAGUGUCUUUGGUGCUCCCCUCAUCUGCACCCUGGGUGAAGAUUUUGCCUACCGGCCUGAUGGUACAAAGAAAGACCCCAUUAAGAUUGAUUCCAUGUGCUGGGGAGCAGAAGGCUACCACCUGUGGGUCGUCACUAGUGACAGCUUUCAUCUUUUUGACAACAGGCCGGAAAAUAAAGGCACAGUGCAGCAGUCUGACAUGCUGCAAUUCCAGUUCAUUAAAAGCGCCUUAACCAUGAAUCCUUGUAUGAGUAACCAGGAGCAGGUGCUGCUGCAAGGGGAGGAUCGCUUGUAUCUGACCUGUGGAGAUGCUGCUCAGAGUGCUGGUGCAGAUCAGAGGCCUUUCAGGGAGAGGAGUUCACCCUCCAAUUCCAUUUCAUUAUCUCAGGGGCUUAGCACUUUAUUAGGACACAGGCAUUGGCAUGUUGUGCAGAUACACAGCACAUAUCUUGAGAGUAAUUGGCCAAUACGGUAUGCAUCCAUAGACACACAAGGUCAGUGUGUUGCAGUGGCUGGAAGGUUUGGUUUUGCACACUAUUCUUUGUUCACAAGAAAAUGGAAACUGUUUGGUAACAUCACCCAGGAGCAGAAUAUGGUGGUUACUGGAGGAUUAGCAUGGUGGAAUGACUUUGUUGUUAUUGCCUGUUACAAUUUCAUUGAUCGACAAGAAGAGCUAAGGCUGUACUUGAGGUCAUCUAAUCUGGAUAAUGCGUUUGCCAGCAUCACAAAAUUGCAUUCAGAAACAUUGCUGUUAAAUGUCUUCCGGGACAUAGUUAUUUUAUUCAGAGCUGACUGCUCUAUAUGCCUUUAUAGUAUUGAGAGGAAUAAUGACAGUCCUAACCCAACUGCCAGUGUUGAACUUCUUCAAGAGGUAUCCAUGUCUCGCUACAUUCCCCACCCAUCACUUGUCGUAUCUGUGACCCUGACGUCUGUGAGGACUGAGACGGGCAUCACGCUGAAAGCGCCGCAGCAGGCAUGUGCUGCAGAAAGCAUCAUGUUGAAUCUCAGCGGACAACUAAUCAUGAUGCAGAGAGAUCGCUCAGGGCCCCAGGUUCGAGAAAAAGAGAGCCUCAUGAAUCAAAAAAAACUGCUUCCUUUUAGUGCUCCUGUUGUACUUGCCCAGUGUGUUGAGAACGUGUGGACAACCUGGAGGUCCAGUAAACAAAAGCGCCACCUCCUGGAAGCUUUAUGGCUAGCUUGUGGAGAAGCUGGCAUGAAGGUGUGGCUACCACUUUUUCCCAGAGAUCACCGCAAGCCCCACUCUUUCCUCUCUCGACGCAUCAUGCUUCCAUUUCACAUCAACAUUUACCCCCUUGCAGUGCUCUUUGAGGAUGCUCUUGUUUUAGGAGCCAGCAAUGAGACAGUGUUAUAUGAUGGACUACCACGUUCAGGGGCAUCAGGGCGUGCAGAAUCUCUGGAAGCUUAUUUUCCCUUUUGCACAGUGGAACGCACCUCCCAAAUCUACCUCCAUCACAUCCUAAGACAGCUGCUGGUGCGAAACCUGGGGGAGCAGGCCCUUCUGUUGGCUCAGUCCUGUGCCAGUUUGCCAUACUUUCCCCAUGUGCUAGAGCUCAUGAUUCAUGUAGUACUGGAAGAGGAAGCGACCUCAAGGGAACCAAUUCCGGACCCUUUGCUACCCACCGUGGCUAAAUUCAUUACCGAGUUCCCUCUUUUCCUACAAACUAUUGUGCAUUGUGCACGUAAGACAGAGUAUGCCUUAUGGAACUACCUGUUUGCUGCCGUCGGAAAUCCGAAGGACCUGUUUGAAGAGUGUCUAAUGGCCCAAGAUCUGGAUACUGCAGCUUCGUAUCUCAUCAUCUUACAGAAUAUGGAAGCCCCUGCUGUGAGCAGGCAGCAUGCAACUCUGCUUUUCAACACUGCAUUAGAACAGGGCAAAUGGGAUUUGUGCCGCAAUAUGAUCAGAUUCCUCAAAGCAAUCGGCUCAGGAGAGUCUGAGACGCCUCCAUCCACACCAGUCACUCAGGAACACAACUCAACAGGGGGGUUUGAAUUCUUCAGGCAUCGAAGCAUCAGUUUGUCCCAGUCUGCAGAGAGCCUGGCUGGUGGAAAGUUUAAUCUUCAGAAGACGCUAAGCAUGCCUUCUGGACCCUCGGCUAAAAGGUGGAGUAAGGAUAGUGACUGUCCUGAAAACAUGUACAUUGACAUGAUGCUGUGGCGACAUGCGAGAAGGUUACUAGAAGAAGUGCGUCUCAAGGACCUCGGCUGUUUCUCUGCCCAGCUUGGCUUUGAGUUAAUUGGCUGGCUUUGCAAAGAGAGAACCCGAGCUGCUCACGUAGAUGACUUUGUAUUUGCCUUGAAGAAACUUCAUGAAGACUUUCUUUGGCCUUUUCCAGUUAUUCCUGUCUAUUCUAUCAAUUCCCCUUUAAAGAACGGCAGGUAUAGAACAGCUGUUGAAGAGCGUUUGCUGAAGUCGCAGUCUGCUGACAGUCUGGUAAACAGUGAGAUGGACACCGCAGGACCUGCAGCCCCCCGCAGCCACAGCUGGAUGGAUAGCCUUAGCCAGACACAUAGAGAUUUAGAUACGGCCUCAUCACACGGAGCCCAGACCCAGGAGGCAUUUCUCUCCCCUCUCAUUAGUAAAGGUGAUGAAUGCAGCAUUGGUUCAGCAACAGACCUGACAGAGACGAGUUCUAUGGUGGAUGGCGACUGGACGAUGGUGGAUGAAAAUUUCUCAACUCUCAGCUUAACUCAGGCAGACUUGGAGCAUAUCUCCAUGGAACUUGUAAACAAAGGUCCCCAUAAAUCUCAAGUACAGCUGAGAUACUUACUGCACAUCUUUACUGAAGCAGGAUGCCUGGAGUGGUGCUUUGUCAUUGGCCUUAUUUUACGAGAAGUCUCGGUCAUCAGCCAGGUUGUCGCAUUCCUUCAGUGCCAAGAAGUGCCACCCGAGACUGUGCAGAGCAUCAGAAAUGGCCUCCUUGCUGUUGACACCUGGGCAGUUACUGAUUGUCUUGGAUACAAACCCUUCCUCAACAUGAUCCGACCACAUUUCCAAAACCUAGCUGAAGCGACUCCUGAUCAAGUGCAGCCGGAGGCGUUCCAGCCAGUCAGCGCCACCAAAGGGACGGAGGUUGCGUGUCCGCGACAGGAAGACUGCCGCAGUUCUGUAAGCUUAACCAAUAGUGUCACCACUGAAGGGAUUGUCCCUGCCAGCAGGCUGGAAGAGGGAAACUUGGAGGAAGCAGACGAAGAGCGAUCGCUGGAGGAAGGCACUUACGAUUGCACCCUUUCUUAGAGAAAGCUACGGACCUGCAGUGUUUGUUGCUGGCAUCCUGAAAACAGCUGCCAGACAGUGUACCUCAAGACACCCCGAAAACGUUAGAACUCUUUAUUUUUGUAUGAAACCAAAUGAAAAGCAUUCUCGCGAAUAUAUAUUAAAAAAAAAAAAAGACUACUAGAAUAAUAUGUUAAAAUUUGGGAAGCCAUACUAAUUGAAAGAGACCAGUUGUAAAAGUUUGAACAAUUUAAGCUAAGACUUGCCAAGAAGCGUUGAGCGAGUACACAACUGCUAGCAUUAAACGUCAUCUUUGUUAUGACCACCGACUCUCUCGGUCAGCUUUCCAGAAGCUUUCCACAAUGCCACUUUGCAACUUCCUGAAUGAUAAAAUCCUCUACGAAAAUUAGAUUAGGGUCAACUGUCUGUCCUGAAAGAUGAUGUCUCGUGGUCAUCAGUGGGCACCUUAAUGAAAGUGGAGGUGUUUUGCGUACUUUGGUUUGAUGCCUCUAUAAGUGACAGCCUUAUUUUGCUGAAUAUUAGUACUGUGGGGGGGGGGGCAGAUUUUUUUUUUUUUUUUUUUAAUCUGCGAUACUUUUACUGCUCAGAUGUUGACAGAUUUGGCAUGCGAAGCUGGCUGGAGCACUGGCAGGGUAGGCAUGCCCGCCAUCUGUGCAACUGUGGUUCAUUCAUACUGUGAAAAACAAAAUGUGUGCGUGUGGUGUGUGUGGUAUACCAAAAAUCACUAAACGUAGUCCGGGUUCUGUGAACACCUUCUCAGUACUUGCGGGCUGCCUUGCAUUUCGGUGGUCUUCACCGUUUUGUUUUUCUUUGCAUUGUUUCUAGCCACCAGGAAGUGGAUACAUUAGGGUGUUGGCAUUCGCUUUUAUGGCUUUUUUUUUUUUUUCUUUUGACUUCUGUAUAUUUGCAGAUAACAAAACAUUUUAAAGCCUUCCCUUUGGCUUUCUCCUACCCAUUGGAUGUUCUUCGUGGAAACCGAAUGGCUACAGUGGGCUGCUUGGGAGACAAAAGGACACAA